AUGGCGCCCUCGACGAAACUGACGCUGGACAAGCUCGCCACUUUCGACGACAUCAUCACCGACGCGCUCGUGGACAAACUCUACUUCUGGGCCAAGAUUCGCAAGAACAGAGGUGGCCGCUUCACAGGCUCGCGGGGAUUGCACGAGGAGGAUGUGGCCGACGUUAUCCGACGACACGUAGUCUGGGAGAGGGAUCCUGCAGAGGCAGUGCACAAGUUGGUGCAACUGCCGGGGUUGCGCAGGUUCAUGAACACGCUGAAGGAUGAGCGCGAUCAGGAUCAGUUCAAACGCCACCUCCGCAGAUACGUCAACAUCUACAUGGCCGACUGCCAAUUCGAGGUCACCACCACCAACCGCUACAUUAUCACGGAACACGAGGCCUCAAUCACCGCGCGACGAGAUAUCAACCCACGCGAAGAAAUCAAGUACUUGACCGGCGUGCAAGUAGCUAUGACUGAAGAGCAAGAGAAAACUCUAGAGCUGCAGAGCAAGGACUUUAGUCUGGUUAUUUCAAGCCGCAAGAAGACGCGCUCCUUGUUCCUAGGUCCCGCGCGCUUCGCCAAUCACGAUUGCGACGCAAACGCAAAGCUCACAACCAAAGGCUACGACGGCAUGCAGAUUGUUGCAGUGAAGCCGAUUCUAGAAGGAGAAGAAAUCACAGUCUCGUACGGCGAGGACUACUUUGGCGACGAUAAUGAGGAGUGUUUGUGUAAUACUUGCGAAAGUCUGCAGCAAAACGGCUGGGCACCUAUGAAGCGAGUCGUCCACAACGACGAAGGGAAUGAUGAAGAGGUGGAUCGCGCAUGUCAUGAUCAGACCGCCGAAACCGCUUCCGAUGCGGCCUCUAUUUCUCAGAAGCGAUCGCUGGAAGAUUCAACGGACGACGACCCCUCGCGUGACUCAACACCCGCCCCAAAGCGAGCGAGAUUUGAGCAGAAGACUUCGCCUUCCAAGCAGCACACAUCGAAUCUGCUGCGCAAGACGACGCUGAAGAAGGCACACAGCACAUCGUCCCUGCGUCAGGAGCUCCCGGUUUCGAGUAUAGAGGAUCCAGCGACCAAUUUGGUCUCAUCGCCAGAGAUAUCGCAAGAAGUCCGCAAUGAACAUAGCGAAGGUGUUCUCACGGUGAAUACGGACUUGGCCAGCUCGUCGCGAGAGGCAUCCCCGCAAUCGUCCAUAGCAGCAGCGUCACCCAAGUCGACUCAAUCAUCUACAGAUGCCACCUCGAUUGACGAAGAUCACUCGCACGACACCGGCGAUCCCAAGGAGCAAGUCGACUCCACGACAAUACAAGAUUGCCCAGCGAUGGGAGUGGCGAUAGUGAAGGAGGAAAUCACUACGACAACGGUAAACGCCCCGUGGCCCUCCCCGCCUGCAGACGAAGACGCAUACAUGUCCGAUCUCAGCGAACUUUCUGAGAGCUUCGAGUUUGACGAUGUGAACCAGCAGAUUGUCAAGCGCAAACCCCGCCCAACACUACGAACAACACGCUCAAAGUCUCGUUUCGACGUCCAGAACCGCGUUGGUACCCCAAUCACCAUUGAAGAGGGAGACGAAGCCGACUAUGUCGAGAACACGCGAAAGCCGGGCGACUACAUGACAUCGAACGCUCUCCUGUCAGCCAAGUACUCCAAGUGGGUCAACUGCCAGACAUGCGACGUCGACUUUGUACAGCAAGACGGCUACAACACGCGUAAAGAAUGUCCACGGUGCGAGCGCCAUUCGAAACUGUACGGCUUCCCCUGGCCCAAGACGGAGAAGGAGGGCAAGCACGACAAGGAAGAGCGCAUACGCGAUCACCGCACUGUUCAUCGCUUCGUCGACCCAGACGAGGAGCGCCAGUUGAAGCGCGAGAAGACCAAGAAGGUCAUCCGGGAGCACAUCCGUGAGCGGUUUUCCACCCCGCGGAGUGCAAGGGAUACGAUGAGCACGAGUGUAGAAGUCGACAGUGGGCGAAAGAGGAGGCGUAUCAGGAAGACGAUGUAG